GCGAGGGCAGCCCGGCCGCGCUCCGGCUCCCGGGGGUGUCACCGGCCCCGCUCCCCCCGCCAUGGCCGGGCUCCUGCCGCUGCUGCUGCUCCUGCUGCCGGCGGGCCCCGGGGCCGGCGCCUCCAAGGACGAUUGUGUCUCCAAGCUGUUCACGGCCAGCGGGGAGUGCUGUCGGCUCUGCAACGUGGGCGAGGGCGUGGUGCAGCCCUGCGGGGUCAACCAGACCGUCUGCGAGCCCUGCCUGGACAGCGUCACCUUCUCGGACACGGCCAGCGCCACGGAGCCGUGCAAGCCGUGCACGCAGUGCGAGGGGCUGCAGAGCAUGUCGGCGCCCUGCGUGGAGACCGACGACGCCGUGUGCCGCUGCGCCUACGGCUACUUCCAGGACGAGGCCAGCGGGAGCUGCCGCGAGUGCCGCGUCUGCGAGGUGGGCUUCGGCCUCAUGUUCCCCUGCAAGGACUCGCAGGACACCGUGUGCGAGGAGUGCCCCGAGGGCACCUUCUCCAGCGAGGCCAACUUCGUGGAUCCCUGCCUGCCCUGCACCACCUGCGAGGAGAACGAGGUGCUGGUGCGGGAGUGCACGGCCGUGGCGGACGCGGAGUGCCGGGGACUCCACCCUCGCUGGACAACGCAGGCCCCGUCCCUGGGGGGCUCUGAGAGCCCCGAGGUGGCCACCAGGGAGCCGCUGAGCACCGAGGGGGGGGCCAGCACUGUGGGGGACACGGCCACAACCGUCAUGGGCAGCUCGCAGCCCGUGGUGACCCACGGCACCAGUGACAACCUCAUCCCUGUCUACUGCUCCAUCCUGGCCGCCGUGGUGGUGGGGCUGGUGGCCUACAUCGCCUUCAAGAGGUGGAACAGCUGCAAGCAGAACAAGCAAGGGGCCAACAACCGCCCGGUGAACCAGACGCCGUCCCCCGAGGGGGAGAAGCUGCACAGCGACAGCGGCAUCUCCGUGGACAGCCAGAGCCUGCACGAGCAGCAGCCCCCCGGGCAGGGCACCCAGGGGCCAGCAGCUCCCAAGGCCGAGGGCAGCCCCUACUCGGCGCUGCCGGCCAGCAAGCAGGAGGAGGUGGAGAAGCUGCUGGGCAGCUCGGCCGAGGACACGUGGCGGCAGCUGGCCGGGGAGCUGGGCUACAAGGAGGAGCUGAUCGAGUCGUUCACGCGCGAGGAGGCGCCGGCGCGGGCGCUGCUGGCGCACUGGGCCGGCCGCGAGUCGGCCACGCUGGACGCGCUCCUGGCCGCCCUGCGCCGCCUGCAGCGCGGCGACAUCGCCGACAGCCUGGCCAGCGAGUCCACGGCCACCUCGCCCGUCUGAAGGGUGGCCCCGGAGGGGCUGUCCCCGCCCGGUUUUGGCGGGGAUGUGGUGGGGUCACCCCCGGUGCAGCUCCCGGUUACGGUACCGGCUCCUGAUCUCAAAUCCCGGCUGUGGGAUGGACGGACAGAUGGACAGAUGGACACGGGAGAGACCGCCGUGCUCUCAGCCCUCUCCUCUCCUCUCCUUCCAGCUCCUUCUUCCUGGGGCUCCUCUUCCUCCUGCCUCGCCCGUUUCCCUCCAGCACCCCCAAAUCCGGCGGCUUUCCCCCCAAACCGGGGGCUCUGGAGCCGCCCCCCGGGAUUUGGGGGCUCCGAGGGGCUGGGGGAGGGGACCCGGCUCCCCACACUGUGAAAUUCGGGGUGCGGCCCCCCCACAGCUCCACGGGGAUUUGGGGGGAGCAGCCGGGACCACCCCAGCCACCGAGGAGCAGAUUUUGGGGUGCCACGACCCCCCCGUGGGGGCUGCAGGGGACACCGAGGGGACACCGAGGGGACAUCGAGGGGACACUGAAGGUGGAAAGCGCUGACCAAGUGCCUGCCCCGCGGGGACACCCCCAGGGCUCUGCUCCUCCCUCCCGCCCUGUCCCCGCUGUCCCCGAGCUGGACCAGGCCACCCUGCCACCACUGCACUGUCCCCGAGCUGGGCCAGGCCACCCUGCCACCACUGCACUGUCCCCACUGUCCCCACCCUGCUGAAAGGGCUCCUGCUGUGCCAGCACUGUGAAGGGUGGCUCGGGAAUGUCCCCGCGGGUCCCUCUGUCACCUCCCGGGGAGGUGACAUCACUCAAAGGGCGUUUUGGGGGCCCGGCUGGGUGAGCUGGAGCUGCCACCAGCCUGGGGAGUGUCCCCUGAGCUGCCACCAUCCUGGGGAGUGUCCCCUGGGCUGUCACCAUCCUGGGGAUGUCCCCAUGGCUGUCACCAUCCUGGGGAGUGUCCCCUGGGCUGUCACCAGCCUGGGGAUGUCCCCUGGGCUGCCACUGGCCUGGGGAUGUCCCCUGAGCUGCCACCAAGCUCCCAGCAAUGUCCCCAAGGCCAGGUAUGGGCACUGCCCCGGGCCAGGUGUGGCCGCUCCCUCCCCUCUGGAUUCAUCCCAAAAUUCCUCCCCGAAGGCAGAACGGAAUUUUCCCAGAACAGGAUUUUCCCAGAACGGGAUUUUUUUUCCCAGAACGGGAUUUUCCCAGAACAGGAUUUUCCAGGAACGGGAUUUUCCCAGAACGGGAUUUUCCAGAACGGGAUUUUUUUCCCUGAACAGGAUUUUCCCGGAAUGGGAUUUUCCCAGAAUGGGAUUUUUCCCAGAAUGGGACUUUCCCAGAACGGGAUUUUCCCAGAACAGGAUUUUCCCUGAGCAGGAUUUUCCCUGAACAGGAUUUUCCCGGAAGGGGAUUUUCCAGGACAGGAUUUUCCCAGAAUAGGAUUUUCCCAAAACAGGAUUUUCCCAGAACAGGAUUUUCCCUGAACGGGAUUUUCCCUGAACAGGAUUUUCCCAGAACGGGAUUUUUUUCCCAGAAUGGGAUUUUCCAGGAACGGGAUUUUCCCAGAACGGGAUUUUCCCGGAACGGGAUUUUCCCAGAAUGGGAUUUUCCCGGAACGGGAUUUUCCCUGAACAGGAUUUUCCGGCCCUCCCAGAGGAGAGAUCUGUAAAUAGGACUUUGGUGUUUGACCAGUGCUCGAUGUGACCCCCUUGGGGACAGCCCUGUCCCCUCUCCACUUCCCGCUGGGAAUUCCCAUCCCAACCCUUUGGUCCCUAAAGGCUCCACGGGGAGCCAGAGGAACGUUCACCCCAAAACCCCACGGCAGGGUCGGGAUGUGCCCGGCAGAGCUCGGAGUCUCCCGGGGGCUGGAGCUGCAUCCAUGGGAUUCCAGAUCCCCCAGAUUGUUCUGGAAAUUUCCCUCCUGCUGUGCUCUGGAUGGUGGAGAACCCAGGCUGGGAUCUGGAGGGUUCCAGCCAAGUUUCCCCAGAAUGUUCUGGAAAUUUCCCUCCCUGCUAUGCUCUGGAUGGUGGAGAACCCAGGCUGGGAUUUGGGGGAUUCCAGAUCCCCCCAGAAGCUUCUGGAACUUUCCCUCCCUGCUGUGCUCUGGAUGUUGUUGAACCCAGGCUGGGAUCUGGAGGGUUCUAGCCAAGAUCCCCCCAGAAUGUUCUGGAAAUUUCCCUCCCUGCUGUGCUCUUUAUGAUGGAGAACCCAGGAUGGGAUUUGGAGGAUUCCAGAUCCCCCAGAAUCUUCUGGAAAUUUCCCUCCCUGCUGUGCUCUGGAUGGUGGAGAACCCAGGCUGGGAUUUGGGGGAUUCCAGAUCCCCCAGAAUGUUCUGGAAAUUUCCCUCCCUGUUGUGGUCUUUAUGAUGGAGAACCCAGGCUGGGAUUUGGAGGAUUCCAGAUCCCCCAGAAUGUUCUGGAAAUUUCCCUUCCUGCUGUGCUCUGGAUGGUGGAGAACCCAGGCUGGGAUCUGGAGGGUUCCAGCACCCAGAUCCCCCAGAAUGUUCUGGAAAUUUCCCUCCUGCUGCACUCUGGAUGGUGGAGAACCCAGGCUGGGAUCUGGGGGGUUCCAGCACCCAGAUCCCCCAGAAUGUUCUGGAACUUUCCCUCCCUGCUGUGCUCUGGAUGUUGUUGAACCCAGGCUGGGAUCUGGAGGGUUCCAGCACCCCCAGAAUGUUCUGGAAAUUUCCCUC